GACAAACGCCAAAACAACACUACCCCGAUGUUCUGAGCUACACAUCGAAGGCCAUACUGUGUAGAUAAAGUGAAAUGUUAUCAGCACCUGCUGCCUGAUUUGUCAUAACAGGAUGAAUAGUGAAAAACUGACAAAUUAGAACGGUCUACAAGAUGGAAGCCACAGCGACCUGCUUUCAUCUUCAGUUUACGUGAAUUUGCCUCUCAACCCUUCAAAUGAUACUGUGUGUGGGUCCAGAAGGGACAGGGAAGACCCUCCUCCUGCGUCGACUACUGAACUUGACUAAACCUGACCUUUCAUUGACUACUGUCCCAACUGUUGGAGUUAACAUUGUAUCCCUUAUUGAGCCUGAAAAACCACCAAUUGAUAUACGUGAACUAGGUGGUAGUAUGGCUCCAAUCUGGCACAGCUAUUAUGGUGGAGUAAGGAAAGUUAUGUAUGUUAUUGAUGGUGUCAACUUAACCCAGCUAGGAGAGGCUACUUUACUUCUUAUGGGACUUCUAGAGAGCCCAAAACUUAGAGGCGCACAAGUGGCCAUUGUACUGAACAAAAAUGACAGUGCCAUGAGUCGUGGAGCCAAUGAAUUGCUGAAUGUGAUGCGUCUUGCCGACUUAAAAGAAUGUGUGACACAAACUAUAACUACUUUUGAAGUUAGUGCCCUGGCUGGCAAAGGCUUGCGUCCACUACUGAAAUGGGUUAAAGGAGAAAAAUGAGCAGAAAUAUAAAAAUAUCUUUUCCUAAUAAACAAUACAUAGCUAAA